AUGUCAAGUUUUUAUCCAUCAACAUUCAAAUAGACCCUAUAGUCGAAGUUGAUGAUGCCAAUGUUAGAUUGGAAUUUAAAUCCAUUGAAGUUGAUGACAACAACAAACCAGGUGAUGGCAAGAAACUAGGUAAUGGCAAGAAAACAACUGAGCAAAAAGACGAACAAGGACACUUCAAUGACCAACAAGAAGAACAAGGAUACUGCAAUGACCAACAAGAAGACACAAGCAAUAAUUUUGACUAA